UGGUGGAACAACGCCUUCGCUUACAAUACGCAGGAUUGAACUAUGUGAUCUUGGUACAUACACUAUUUGUCUAGAUACUGACCCAACACGUUGUACACAUCAUGAUAUAGGAGUUGUGGUGUUUAGAGGUGCAAGUGGGUCCCUUGGAGGACAAAAUAAUAUUUUUGACUUAUGGUCAUCAAAACAUACUGCUAACACAAAUGUUACCUAUGCAAUGCGUACUGGAUCUAUGUCUGGUUUACAUUAUAAAUCGGAAUUGGUGGAAAAGUGGUCAGACCUUAAAGUAGAAAAGGUCAAGUUAGCUGUUUAUAAAGCAGGGGUAGAAAAGGUAUAUUUCAUUUUUAAUGCACGCGAAACUAAUAAAAAGUCAUGGAUGAAGAAAGAGCGACUAAUUUCUACAUCGUAUGAUGAUUAUGAUGAUCUCAUUGGUGAUAGAGGGAAUGCGAAAUAUUUUUCAAUGAAUGGCCUAAUUGGUUCCUAUGUCCGCCGAAGGUUCUUUCUGAACAAGUACAAGAAACAAAACAGUUGCAGCGACAUGGGAGGUUGGCUUUCCGUUACAGAACUUGCUAUUUGUUCUUGGGAAAAUGAAACGAAGUAUCCAGGCAUAUAUUUUAGUCCUGGAAAAACACAAACUAAUUGGAAUUAUGGUAUAAAAUUAACGCUUAAUGCAUUCAUAACAAUGAAAUUCGGAAAGAAAGUAUUUUAUGUUCUGAGGAUCAAUAAAGACGAGAGAGUUACAGAAAUAGAUGUUGAUUCUCUCAAUGACGAUGAUGAUGUAACUGCCCUCAAAAGAGAAAAGAAGGUUAAAAACAUCAAAGUUCAAAGAAAGUUCCAUUUUGUGACAAGCAGUGUCAAUCCAACCGAAAUAAGUGACCCUAAAUUCUGGAAUAUUAAUGGUGGUGUAUUACCUUCAAUUAAUGUUCAAGCUGCUUGGGAUCUCGGAAUCACCGGAGCAGGCGUAAAAGUAGCUAUUGUUGACCAGUACUUGGAUUUGGACCAUGAAGAUAUGAAGGAUAAUCUGAUUAGUGAUCUCCAUUAUGAUUACGUUGACAACGAUAAUAAUCCUAGACCAGAAGGUCAAUCUGCAGCUCAUGGUACCGCCGUAGCAGGAAUAAUACUAUCAAAACCUGGAAACAACGUAUGUACUGUUGGAAUAGCAUAUAAUGCAACAGGAGUAGGUGUUGCUGUACUUGACUCAACUGGAAGCUUAAGUGCCACCGACGUGGAACUAGCAAGAUACCUGUCUCAUGAAAUGGAGGAAAUCGAUAUUUAUAGCAACAGCUGGGGACCAGGACAAGCGUAUGGAUAUUUACCAGUUAGUGAAGUGUUGGAAGAAGCAUUUAUAAAUGGGGUAACAAAUGGUCGAAAUGGAAAGGGAAACAUUUACGUUUUUGCAGCUGGUAAUUUCAGAGACAACACCAACUCAAAUGGGCUGUUAACGUCUCCAUACACAAUUGCAGUUUCUGCUGUUUCAAAUGGGAGUAUGUCAGCUAGCUUCCGGAGUGUUGGUUCUUCAAUAAUGACAGUGGCAUAUGGUGAAAGCCAGGGAUCUUCUAAUGGAAUAGUUGUACCAAUUCCAUAUUCUAGUUGUAUAAACGGAGCUGAAGGUACAUCUUUUUCAUGUCCAACAGUCAGUGGAGCUAUAGCAUUAUGUUUAGAGAUUAAUCCAAAUCUUACGUGGCGAAGUGUUCAACAUCUACUGGUGCAAACAUCAAAGAAACACAAUUUGGCCGAUUCAGACUUAAAUUACCAGUGGCAGGAAAACGGAGCAAAAUUUCAAACUCAUCCGACAAUGGGAUUUGGUUUGCUUGAUGUUGGUGACAUGGUACAGAGGGCAAAGAACUUUCCAGUUUUACCAGCACUCGAAACCUGCACAAUUAAUAGACAAAAACGACUAAGAACAAAAAGGGGUGGAUCCAAAAGUGAUAACUUGAAUGUGCUUUGCAGUGGUCAGGGAACCAACUGUGGAACGAUUAGAUAUUUAGAAUUUGUAUUAGUUACUAUUUCAUUUAGAUUUACAGCAAACAGAGGAUCAGUUGAGUUCUAUCUAUAUUCUCCGUUCGGGACUAAGAGUUAUUUGAUGACACACCGACCGGAAGACUCUACCUAUCACCCAAUGGGUGGAAGCCUUGUGUGGACAUAUAAAACACUGCAGACUUGGGGUGAAAAUCCUUGUAGCGAUGCGACUAAUGGAGACAAACCCUGGCGUUUGGAAUUCAGAACAAUAGACAGAGCUGUUAGAGUUACUUUGAAUGGAUGGAGCCUUACUCUUUAUGGUACUCAGACAUCACCACAGUGAGGUAGGAUUUUCAGGUCAAAACGUUCAAAC